CUUUAUAAUAUUUCAUCUAAAAAUAAACUAUGAGUGUUAAUGAAAAUAAAAAUAUAAAUGUAGGUGUUCUUGCUCUUCAAGGGGCUUUUUAUGAGCACUAUAAAUUACUUAAAAGCUUUUGUUUUGUAAAUGCUAGCUUAGUUAGAAACGUAGCAGAUCUUUCUUCUCUCCACGGACUUAUUAUUCCAGGAGGAGAAAGUACAACUAUAGGGUAUUUACUUUCUAUAGAUGGACUUGGCGAAGAAAUAAAGGCGAGAGUGAAAAAUAAGUCUUUAAGUAUCUGGGGAACAUGUGCAGGAAUGAUUUUAUUAGCAAAAAAAGUUGAAGGAAUGAAAAAAGGAGGUCAAUAUAUUCUUGGAUGUUUAGAUAUAGUUAUUAAAAGGAACUAUUUUGGGCGCCAAAUCAAUAGUUUUUCUUCUAUUUUAUCUUCUAAAGUUAUUAAAAAAGAAUUUUUAGCAGUUUUUAUUCGUGCGCCGGUAGUAUUAAGUAUCAUUUCUCCUAAUGUUUCCGUGUUAGCAACUAUUAAUAAAGCUGGAGAAGACAACAAAAUCCUAGAAAGCGGUGCUAUUGUUGCUGUGCAACAAGACAAUAUUCUUGCCACGUCUUUUCAUCCAGAACUUUCUAAUGAUAAUCAAUGGCAUGAAUGGUGGCUAAAUAAUCUUAAAGAACGAUAUAAAAUAUAUUAGUUACUACUUUUAUAAAUAUGAAUCUUAAUGUUAAUAUUUUAAAACAUUUUUUUUAA